GGAGGUGGUGGUGGUGGUGGUUGUGGUGGAGGAAGAGGAGGAGGUGGUGGUGGUGGGCGAGGGCGGAAGCCUGAGAGAGGAGACCUUUGACGCCGACGCCGCCGUCGUCGGCCGCACGGCCGAACCAUGGCCUGCUGCCUGUCGGAAGAGGCCAAGGAGCAAAAGCGGAUCAACCAGGAGAUCGAGCGCCAACUCAGGAGGGACAAGAGGGAUGCGAGGCGAGAGCUCAAGCUCCUGCUCCUGGGCACUGGUGAAUCCGGCAAGUCCACAUUUAUCAAACAGAUGAGAAUUAUCCACGGUUCUGGAUACUCGGACGAGGAUAAGCGGGGGUUCAUUAAGCUGGUGUACCAAAAUAUCUUCAUGGCAAUGCAGUCCAUGAUUCGAGCGAUGGAUCUUCUGAAGAUCCAGUACGCGGAGUCAUCAAAUAUAGAAAAGGCCGAGCUUGUUCGAGCCAUUGAUUUCGAAACGGUAACGGCUUUUGAAGAACCUUACGUACAAGCGAUAAAAGAUCUAUGGGCAGACGCUGGUAUACAAGAAUGUUAUGAUCGCAGGCGAGAAUACCAGCUGACGGACUCUGCAAAAUAUUAUAUUAGUGACCUUGAGCGCAUUGAAAAGCCCGACUAUCUCCCCACCGAACAAGACAUUCUACGAGCUCGAGUUCCUACAACCGGCAUUUUAGAGUAUCCCUUUGAUCUGGACUCCAUUAUAUUUAGGAUGGUAGACGUCGGCGGUCAGAGAUCAGAAAGAAGAAAAUGGAUUCAUUGUUUCGAAAAUGUAACUUCCAUUAUAUUUUUGGUAGCUUUAAGUGAAUACGAUCAAAUUCUCUUUGAAUCGGAAAACGAGAAUCGAAUGGAAGAAAGUAAGGCACUGUUUAAAACGAUCAUAACAUAUCCGUGGUUUCAACAUUCUUCCGUCAUUCUGUUCUUAAAUAAAAAAGAUCUGUUGGAGGAAAAAAUUAUGUAUUCUCAUCUCGUCGACUAUUUUCCAGAAUAUGAUGGACCCCAAAGAGAUGCGACAGCAGCUAGAGAAUUCAUCCUGAGGAUGUUCGUCGACCUCAAUCCAGAUAGCGAAAAGAUUAUCUAUUCCCAUUUUACGUGCGCCACAGAUACGGAAAACAUUCGCUUUGUGUUCGCGGCGGUGAAAGACACGAUUCUACAGUCCAACCUCAAGGAAUACAACUUGGUGUAAGGACGCGUGCGCACGAGGAGAAGAGUACGGAAGGAGCCGCGGCCGGCUGCGUUGGCGGCGACAUCGGCAUCGGCGAGCGCACUCACUCGCCUUCGAUUGGGGCGGCAACGGAACGCUGUCGUAUACCGCUCCGGAGGACGAGGAUGGCGCGGCGGAUCGUUGAUAACCAGGAUUAUUGCGACGUGGACUAACACAAGGACGAUUACGACAACGACCACGACCACGACGAUGAGGAGGAUGAUUGCGACGGCUAUUGCGACCCCACGUCGUCGGCCGCACACAGGCACGCCCGUACACGUGUCUGCGUAAAUUUUCACGUGCAGGAUGCGCGCGCGCGCGCGCGCUUCUACGUGUGUAUAUUAUUUACGAGACGAGAGAGCGCCCGCGUAUCCUCCCCCACUUGACGACCAACAUCGCCACGACUACGAUGACCAUUAACGGCGGAGACGAGGUCGGGGAAUAUUACAAGCGUGUU